UCACAAGAGUCACAACUACGAGAGCUAGCCUCUUCUAAAAUUUCCGAGGCAUUACUUGUGAUUCCUAUGAAUUCAUGCCAUGAAGGUCUAGUUAGAGGGAGUACAGAGUCCUUCAAAACAUUUCCCCAAAAAUCUUUACCGCAAGAGAUUAGGUUUUGAAAUGAUUGGACAUAUGGGCGGUUCAAACUCUCUCAAGUUCGAUUUCAAGGGUCCACAAUUUGAUAUCCAGAUUUUCCUUCGCUGGUUUGCGUUUCCUUGAACUGUCAAUUCUCUUGCCGAAGGGGACUCAAACUCGAUCCAACUCUCGAAAUUACAAUUCCAUCAAUGGCAACUGCUUCAUUACUAGAAACAACUUCAUUUGUAGUAAGAGGAGAAUCAUCAAAAUCAUCUCUAAAUUGGAAUCCAUUACUAAAAAAGACUUUCCCAACUACACAAAUUCAUUUCCAAUCAAUUAGAAAGAAUAGGAAUUUGUUUCUCAAGAGAUCCGAAAUUAACAAUUUUAAGGUGAAAUGUUUAUUGAAAUCAGGGGAAAAGGAGGAGGAAAAAGAGAGGAAAGGGAAUUCAAUUGAUGGAAUUAUAGAAGUAAUUUCAAAAGCCUUUAAGAAAGUAAUUCAAAAGCCGGCUAUUGCUGCUAUUAUCCUGGGGCUAUUGCUUACAUAUGAUCCGCAUUCAGCUUUGGCUGCUUCUGGUGGUAGAGUUGGUGGUAGAGCUUUUUCUUCACAUUCUUCAUCAUCUUCUUCUUCGUCGCGUAGUUAUUCACCGUCUACGUCUUCGCGGGGGUUUGCUUACUCUGUGCCAUAUUCAUCUCCUUCAUUGCUUGGUUUUGGUGGUGGUGGAUUGUAUGUUGGUCCUGCUAUUGGAUUUGGUGCAGGUUCAGGUUUCUUUUUGAUAUUGGCGGGUUUCGCCGCGUUCGUUUUGGUUUCUGGUUUUCUUUCUGAUCAGUCAGAUGGAAGUGUUUUAACGGAUACACAGAAAACUACUGUUAUCAAGCUUCAGGUUGGAUUGUUGGGUAUGGCGAGGUCACUUCAAAAGGAUCUUGAUAAGAUUGCUGAAGUUGCAGAUACGUCAACUCCGUCGGGGUUGAGUUAUAUUUUGCAAGAGUCCACAUUAGCUAUGCUACGGCAUCCUGAUUAUUGCAUCUCAGGUUACUCAUCUGUGGAUGUUAAGCGAGGUAUAGAGGAUGGAGAGAAACGUUUCAAUCAACUUUCUAUAGAAGAGCGAGGAAAGUUUGACGAAGAAACACUAGUCAACGUAAACAACAUCAAGAGGCAAAGCACCACAAGCAAGAGAGACAGUGGGUUCAGUAACGAGUACAUAGUGAUAACCAUCCUUGUGGCUGCCGAGGGUGUGCACAAACUACCUGCCGUCAACGGCAGUGCUAACUUGAAGGAAGCAUUGCAGAAGCUUGGUUCCAUCCCCACCAGCAAAAUUAUGGCGGUUGAGGUGUUAUGGACUCCUCAAAAUGAAAAUGACACGCUGACAGAACGCGAGUUGCUUGAGGAUUACCCACUCUUGAGGCCUCUAUAAGCUGGAUUAUGUUCUUUUUUAAAAUGCUUUAGUCUUCAAGGAAUGAGCUCAGAGGUUAGGAUCAGUGUUGGCCAACUGUUUGUCUGUAAUAGUUAUGAGAUAUAUAGCAAAAUAUUGUACAUAAUACGCAUGAAUUAGCUGCAAACUGCUCCCCUUUUUGCCCUGGUUGUAUAUGGAAUAUUUACAUUGUAACCUUAACCUCAAGUGUUGUACUAAAAAAGACACUGGAAGAGAAACGGGCAUGGUCUAGGGGUUGCUAGUGGUUGCCGAUGCUGGACAUACUUUAACCAAUACUGUUUGCAAAAGUUUCCUGAUAGGAAA